GCUCGUCCGUUUUCUAACCCUAUGCCGACCACGUCUAAGCCAUUGUCGUUUGUCCCAAAAAAUUCUUAUUUAACACAAGACAGGAAUGAUGAAAAUCACCACGGAUUCAAAAAUUUGUCCGCCAGUACAUUCAGCGUGGGCCUUCGAGUUCUCAGAUGCAGGUCGCUUGAUACUGAAGGCACUCAGGGAAUUAUAGGGACAGUUACUGAGCUCAUAUUAUCGCGGGACAAUACAGCAGUGAUACAGUGGGACACGGGAACUAAGGAAACUUACAGUGCGGGGCAUCACGACCAGCAACAAAUCUUUGUUUUGGAUAAUGCGUCUAUCGGUAAGAUAGCGAAAAUUUACUGUACUCGGUUUGGAGAGGAUAAUUUGUAGGGUUUGUUUUAUUUUGAAACGUGCUUUUUACAGUAGUGAAGCUUGAUACUAAAUUGCAACCAAUUAGAAGCUCCCUGUUAUAACUUCCAUGCAACUGAAAAAACAAAGACAUUUCUUCAAGCUACUACUGUGCUUGUGUUGACAUUUGUUCUAUUUCGUUUGAUUAGUCAUUGCAUACAUAAUAACUUCAGGCUUUAAGAAAGCGAAAGAAAAAAUGACGUAAAAAACAGAAGCUACACUUUCACUCUCACCUCCAUUUCCGUGUACGCAUGCGGAUCAGAUUGUUCCAGCUGUUUGGAUGAUAGGAAACAGGCCAUUCUCGAUUAUCAACAGAUUAUCAUAGAAAACAGGCCGGCUCCUGUAGAAAAUGAACCUCGCUAUUAAAUGCGGACACUUUAUUUAAUAAAGUAAACCCCAGGGGGUAUUCAACAAAUGUUUAUACGUGGAGGCUCCACCCCGAUCCACCCCGAGGUCUAACCCCUUACCCUUUUAUAUACCAUUUUUCACGAAAAAGGUACCCCUUUCGUAUACCUUCUAUUGACAAAUGGCACCCCUUUCACAUACCUUGUCAAGAACUUUACAUCCCUUUUAACCGCUGUAAAUGCACUGUCUUUUAAAUAGGAAUCAAUCACAAAAAUAGAACGUCCUCUCGACUUUAUAAAGCCAUAAAAUUCAGUCAUGUGUUAUAAAAAGCCAGUGUUCUCCAGAAGCGCGGGCGACCGUCGGUUUCGCUGGCUACUCUUUUCCAAAGUGCCGGUUACUUUUAUUGCACUCAAAACAAAAAAACCGUCUGUACCUUUUAUCUUGAAUUUUUCGGAAGGUCAAAAAGGAAACGAAAACAAUAACUUAUCGUAAAUAAAAGCUCUUUGGUGUAUAAGACAAUUUGUCUUUUGCUAAUGGUAUUAUCGAUAAAUUCACUGAAUGAUUUUUCGUUAGACAUUGUCAGAUAAUAUUUUUAAAUAAAACACCUUGGAAUCAAUGUAACACUUUGCAUGUAAACAAGGGUUUUGAAAAAAAAAUUAUGUACAUUGCUACUUUCAACUAGGAUUCUCGUGAAUUGUGUACUUUUCCAUUAAAAAACUGGAGACAGGCAGCCUUAAAUUGACCUUGAUUUUCCUGUUGCUUAAGCCUCAAAAUGCAUCAGAUUGCAUCUGUGGGCCUUUAUUUUUUUAAAAUUUUCCAUUGGAGCAGGCCCUCAACCCCCCCUUAGAGACUCGCGCUCUAUCGGCGCUUGGUGUCAGGCACCAGUUACUUUGCAUUGGGAGCUGGCUACUCAAAAAUUUCUGGAGAAAACUGCAUUGUUUGCCCUUUUGGGCCCUUUCACAGACCCAAAUGACAGAUUUCACUACCCUUUUAUAUACUUCAACGAUAUCCCUACCCUUCUAUAUACCUGAGGCCCGAAAAAGAUACCCCUUUCGGGUGGAGCCUCCCCGUAUAGGCCAUCAUAGGGAGUACCCCCCGCCCGGAAGUUAAAUUGUCCUUUUUGAACGAAUAAAAAAACCUUCAGAUAACAGCAUGUCUGUGUCCCUAACACUACGUCUCCCCGGACAGAAUAAAUUGUAGAAGCCAGUUUCAGACUAUUUAGGGAUCACACGAGUUACGCAGAGAACGGUUCAUGAUUAAUAAUUAAUUAAUAAUAAAAUCAGCGACUUUUAAGUGUUUCCGUAGACACAGUCCGCGGAAUUACGGAUUUGUGAAGGUUACAGACGUUUAAUUUGACGAUGCUAAUGUCCUGUCUUAUUUCGUUUCUAUUUUGGUAUUUUAUUCAAAUAGAAGGUUGUGUACUGUAUUUUUUUACUUCAAUAACAUGAACCGCCUUUUACGGACACUGUCUAUGGCCGCUAAGUGUCCGCAUGAACGAAGUUUGACUGUAGAACGAUUUAAGUUUAUCGGAGUUAGCGCCUAUUGAAUGUUUCCGUGAUUCUUCACUUUCAAGACAGAACAGUCGUGUUUUUUUGCAAAUAACUUGAUGGCAGCAUUGUUAAUGUUUGCUUCUAGGUAUAGCGCAUGGAGGGACAACGUGCGAAGCUUGUGAGCAAUGUCCAAUAGCUGGAUUACGAUGGAAGUGUUUAGACUGUAAGGAAUCAAGUGUUGACUUGUGCACAUCAUGUUACAUGCGUGAUAAACAUGACAGAGAUCAUAGCUUCCUGAGAUUUGAUUCUAGUGAAAAAGACGGGUGAGUACGAAAGACAAAUACAGUACACUUUCUUGAAAAAUGUGUAAUCCAAAGUCGUCUUAAUAGCAACCAAAACAGCAACUUCACCUCACUACAACAUCAGUGAAAGCACCGAAAGCAGUGAAACAAGUUUCUAUAAUGGUCAUCCUGGCCAAAGGUACCAGGGGACAAAAUUGACCCUUUACAAUAUUCAUUGCCAUAAAAUCUUAUAACAAAGAAAGACGCUUAAUGACAAUGUAUAAUCUUUACACGAUUGAAUGCCGCCCUGGAACAAACACCUCACCCAAUCUUAAUAAUCUCCCAACUUGCCUUUAUUCGAGAAUUACAAGAGAAAAAAGUACUUGGUACGACUCAGUAAUACAUAAAAGUCAAGAAAAGCAUGGUAUCUUUAAAAUUGUUGUUUUACAUAAUAUUUGCACGUGAUCAUUGAAAAGAUUUACGUUAAUUUUGUUGUCAGUGAUUUAAGAUAUGUGAUUUUAAAUCAGAAGCGCUAAAAAUUUUAUAAACACCACCGACUUCAAUCAGCUACGGUAUACAAGACGUCGUUGUCUUAACUUUUCCUCUCCAUAACAACAAUUAAGAACACCGGUAGAAAGACGAAGCAAAACAAAGAAAAUUCAAUUAAGAGGGAUUUUCCUUGGCACCAAAGUCACAAGAGGACCUGAUUGGCAAUAUGGUGAUGAAGAUGGUGGACCUGGGAAGUUUGGAACAGCGACAGAGAUAACAAGAUGGGAGGAAAACCCAACAGGUGAAGUUAGAGUCGCAUGGCAUUCUGGUUCAGAAGGUACUUACAGGCUUGGCUACAAAGGCAAGGUAAAUUUAGAUGAUUAUCAAAACUACUUUGCUGUUAACUUUGUUUCGAGGCAAAUACAAAUUUGCUAUUAAGCAGGACACAUGACGUCGUGAUUGUCUUAUGAACCUUAACGUUUUCUGUUAAUUUUUGCUUACGAAAGAAAUUUUUUUAUGUAGAAAAGAUGCUAUUAAAAUUAUCCCUUUUAAAUACAAGUCUUUUUAGAAAAGCACAAUUAAUCAAAACACAAAUAGAACAGCUUAUCUAUAGGGUCAAUCUUUGUCCAGUGAGUAUGACGAUUAGCUUUUAAAAUAUCUUUUGAUGUACUGUAUUGAUCUUGUGUAAGUAGUACAGUGGGGACCGAAUUGACCCCUUUUUGCGCAGGAAUACAUUAACGCCGAUAACGUCAUAGCCUUUGUCUCUAUCUCGCAAGUGAAAUGUAAGGAAUUCGCAUUAAGACAACAGCGCGUGUUGAUUUUAGGUGGUUUAACCGGUUUGACAGGUUGUUCAAUUAUUCUUAUGCCGAUGAUUUUCUUGGUUUUUUGAUCGGGUGACUAAUAACUAAGAAAAGUUUUUAUUGGCUGAUUCAUGUUGUCCAAGGAGUAUUAAAAAACGCUAACUCGCGAUCGCCUGUGAAUCAAAGUCAUGGCGCCGUAACAUAACUAUAGCGGACAACAAAUUGUUCCAGCUCUGGAUCACUAUUUGUUGGCGCACAAAUCGUGCAUAUUAAGGCUCUUAGCGUUAAUGUAUACCUGAUCAAUUUAUGGAGAUUCCUGUACAUAAUAGGGUUAAUUCCGUCCCUACUAGACUACUUAUGUAGACACAUAUGAUGUUUGGUUGUCGAGUUCUGUAUUUAUCUUUAUGAUGGAACUGACCUUGUGUAAACUCCCCAGAUAAGAUUUGAUCAUAGUUAGUAGAGACUGGUUAUGAAAGCCGGCAAACGUUGAAGCCAACGGUGCUGUAGUUUAUGUUGGAAGCUUCCUGACCGAGCACAAUCCUUUGUCUUUUGUUCACAAAUUGACUGAAUAAAUUGAUCCGAUGUUUCUCUUAGUAAGUAAGUUCAGAUCCAAACAAGCUAACAAAAACGUAUAACAAAAACAUACGAAAAAGGAUUCUAACGGGUUUCAUAACCAUUCCACUUUAUUAACUAUGGAUUGAUUAAUCACUUCUCCAUAGGUGGACUUACAGUGCACGAAUGAAGCCUCAGGAGGGUUCUACUACAUGUCGCAUUUACCAAGACUGCAACAGUGUCAGCAAACUACACCAGAAUUAGCGGAAGGAAACUUAACAGAUAUAUCAGGCGCAUUACGUGAAGGGCAUGCUCUGACAAGCCACUGCGACAUUCCUGUGUCCAGUACAACACAUGAUACAGUCAUGCAAACGUCUCAGGGGCCGGCUGCUGAUUCUCAAACGGUAAAGUAUUUAUUUCACUUAUUCCGUUAUCUUACAGGUACAGAAAGUAUUGCCACCAUAAUGAUCUAUAAGAUUGUUUAAUUUUAUGUAAUUUCAAGAAGUAAAGUACGUAACAAUUCCUGAAGGAGAGAAUAAUGACUCUUUUAUGGGAUCAUAUGACUCUUUUUGCAUAAUUCUUACUACCGUGACACUUACCCCCAUCCCCUUGUCUGAAUAACGUAAUUCUCAAGGACUUGCCACAAGAACUUACCCUACAAGCAAGCUCUCUACAUGGGGGAUAUCGUGAGUCAAACGCGAGCAAGCCAGCAAAGGACACUCCACUUGUCGCUUCGCAGCUCGCUCGUGUGUUCUCGCUCGUCAAUCGCGGACAGAGAGCAGGCCCCGGUUGUUUAAACGCUGGAUAGCGCUAUCCACCGGAUAAAUCGCUAUCCAGAGGAUAAGUAGUACGAAAACCAAUUGCGUUACCCUUUGCCGAGUAGUAAUUUAUUUAGCGGAUAACGCUAUUCACCUUUUGAACAACUGGGGCCUCAUGUAUUGGAGAGGGGUAGAGAGAGAGAGAGAGGGAGAGAGAAGAGGAACAGGCGUCUUGUUGUUAGUUUUAACAAUGCUAACAUUCUUUUUACUGCGCUAUUUCGCUUGUGCAUAGCCCACAGUUACAGACUGGGAAAAGAGAGGACAAGAGGCAAAGGUAGGUCUGUGCUUUUUUUUCCUGAUGCGCUAUGAAUCCCUUAAGUACUUUAUUUAACGCUGCGACAUUGUUGUCUAAGUUGUCUCCACUGAGGUUGAUUGAUUCCCAGGAAGUCUGCUUCAGGUUGCUUCUGGUCAUUAACUGUAGCCUCCCACGCAGAUGUUCUUAGGGGUUCGUCACCUGUGACGAAGCUUUAAGAACGUUCGCGUGGGAGGCUACAUUAACUGGUAAUCAUUAAUAAACAAGGCCGUCAGAGACAUCGAAACCGGUGGUUAAUUUACAUGUUAUUUUCACUGGCUUUUUAUAUUUUUGGCGGUGAUUUUUUUUAUCAGAACUGAACGUUUUUCCCUGGUUACGUUCCAUCGUAAUUUCUAAAAAAGUACCUUUGAUUUAGGCAUCCAGAAGUAAGCUACACAAGGAGUCUAUUAAUGGAAAUUCAAAGGCUGUGAAGAUGCUUCUUAAUUCUGGUGAAGAUGUAAACCAAGGCGAUAAGGUGUGAUCUAAAACUACAAAAAUCAUUUUUUUUAAAUUUGUUGAUAGAUUAAAGAAACUUAUAUAUAUUGCCCUCUUCACGUUUUUAGUUUUUGUUGACGCCUCUUCAUCUUGCUGCUUGGUAUGGACAAGAAAGUGUUGUCAAACUGUUAUUAGAAGGCGGUGCAAAUGUCAACGCGACAGAUAUUGUAAGUUGGUGAUUUUGUAUUCAGUGGUGACCGCAACCUUAUUAACGAUAGGAGGAUACAUGGAAUGAUAAUGCAAUAGGUAUUCUGUUGGCAUGUUGAGACAUUUCUUAGGUUGAAUAAAAUUAUAAUGCAUGAUGUGUUAAAAUUAGGUAAGAUGUUAGCAGUUGUCAAAUUUUUGGAUUUUGUUUUAGCUUCAAUAUAUCAAAAGGCCACCGCAAAAUGAUGCGAAAGUUGGGGCUUCGUCAUUCGUGACAUGAAGCCAGCCUGCAAAACUAAUAAACCUCAGUCUCCUCUUACACAUAUUUCAUUUUUGUCAAAAUAUCGUUUAGUUUCAGAAAACCCCUCUGCAGAAAGCUGAACGUCACAACCAUCAAUCAAUAAUUAAGAUUCUCCAGAAAUACGGUGCUACUCAAAGUUAUCAUCAGCCGGUAAGGAGGCUAGGUUUACUUACCUAUUCAAAACAGAGAAAUCUUGCCCAAGAUACUCCAGUGCUUCCCAAUAGGAAGGCACUAUUACCAAGAUGUAGGCAUUGAAAUAAAACUACUUAUAAUGGGCUUUCCUUGCAAACAGUUUCUACGAAUAAGUCUUUGAUUGUGAACCGGUAUGAAAGACGGGGAAUAAACGUUGGCCGAUGCUAUUCAGUUUGCUUACACCAUGAGUAUGAACAAGAGCCAUUAUGGCUGUUGGUAUGAAUUAAUCCCAGGGGGAGGGGGGUACUCGAUAAAUCCUUGGGUGGGGAGGUGCGGCCCGGCCCUUCAUACUGCCUGAACCUGUUUUAGACAAAAAUCGCUGAUUUUCCUACCCGUUUAAGACAUUUAACCCGAAACCAUACCCUAUGUAAGACAAUAACAAAUAUCGAAACUCGUUCUUAUUUAAUCCAUUGGCAGUCAGAAAACUAUUUACAGCUUGAUCAACAGAGUCACGCAGGCUGUUUAUCGUCCUAGAAAAGAUACCCUGUUUAAAAAAAGACAAAUUGAUAAAAUCGAUACCCUGUUUAAGACAAAAAUCCCGAAAAACAUACCCUGGCUGGCCGCACGUCCCCAUUAAGCCCUUAUAAGGGAGUACCCCCCCCCCCCGGGGAAAUUAAUGUCUUUCUUUUGUGGUCUGAAGGUGUUCUUGAACAUCAGUGAUUGUAUCCUUAAUUCAUAACCCUAGCGCAGUUUGCUCCAGAACUGCCUCUUAAGGUGUUGUUCAUUACAAUUCCAAGCGCGUAUAUUUUAGUACAAGGGAAUCGUGGUAAUUUGUCUGUUAGUUUUCUUAUCUUGAUUAAUCAUAGCAAGUAAAAUAAAUGAGUGAGUAACAAUACGGCCGUUGAAACGAGAGAAAACAAGCCGCAGUUUACUCUGGCCGCGGCUUACAUAAGACGGAAACACGGUAAGGUCAUGGCUUAUUCAAGCCGCGGCUUAUCCUGCUGAGGAGUUUUGGGCUGUGAUUAUCCAAGCUGCGGAUUGUCUUGGACUAAAACGCUGUCCGCAGCUUGCUGAAGCCGUGAACGACUGAUGAGCAUGCGCUGUUUUGUUAUUGUGGCCUAGACCUCCCUUUUUUUAUUUGCUUCGGUCCAUUCGCUAGUAGUAAAAAAUGUCAAGCACGUGUGACUUCAGACAGCAGUUUGUUUCCCGAAACAUCACUUUAAAAGCAUUCGGUUUGUCGCUUGCCAUCUUUUUGUGGAGAUUCGCGACUUUCUUUGAUAGAUUGAUUGUUUUGGAGUGUAAUACCAAUCUUGACUGGAAUUAUAAUUUGAAACGAAACAGACAAAGAAAAUAUGGCGCAGUUUCUUUGACACAGUGAAUCGUUUCGCCUUUUUGCUCACUCAAAAUGCACAUCAAAACAAGGAACCAAAAAAACUAAUUAUGUUAUCACUGGACUAGUUAGAAUAAAAAUAAGCCGUGAACCAUUUAUACGAGCAGUUCUGUUUUUAUGUAAGCCCUGCUCGUAUAAAUAGUUGUUUUCGCGUCUUAUGUUAGCCGAGGCCAGAGUAAACCGCGGCUUAUUUUGUCUCUUUCCAACAGCCCUAUUAUUGUCUCUUAUCCAAUCGCAGAGUACGUUGAAGUCCCUCUCUAAAAUGGCCUUCGUAACAGUCGAUCGACACUCAGGGUUCAAUCUCCUCCAGGCCAUGGUCUAUGAAGGAAAUUUUGAAGGUGUAUUAACUGCCAGUAUCUUCCUUGAUGACUUUGUGAGAGAGUUGAAUUUCGAGUCGACAGCAAAUAACGCAAAGACGUUUCCAUCAAAGACUGCACAUGAUAUGCUCUCAACACUUAAAAAACAUGAUCAUGAGAAGAUAAAGCGAUUCUGUGAAGAAAGGCUAGAAAAGACCAGAACUUUGACUGAGUUACACGAAUGUAGUGACUACAAUGACACGGAAAAGGCUGUGGAACUUGUUUUGCAUCAUGGUUUGGACGUCAAUUCCCCAGCCAAGGGUAAUCGAACCCCUUUAUUGUGGGCUAGUCUGCGAUGUUCCAGUGAGUUUAUUAAGACCCUUAUUGAUCUUGGAGCUGAAGCAAAUGCUCGAAGAGAAGACAAAUGUACGCCUUUAAUAAUGGCAACAGACUGGUACAAUUACAUGGCUGUCCACCUUCUAACUAAGAUUGGGGCUGAUACAGAUGCAGAGCAGAUGGAGGGAAAGGCAGCACUGCACUUUGCAAGCUGUAGGUCUGCUAAUAUAACACAGUGUUUAAUAGAAUCGGGGUGCAAUGUCAAUUUGCAAUCAACCACUGGCAGGACUCCACUUCAUCUAGCAGUUCAAAACAAACAAAAACACGUCGUCAAAAUGUUGCUAGAGAACAAUGCUGACGUGGGGAAACGGGACAAACAGGAUCGAAAUGACAGAGUGAUACUGGUGCGUGGCAAGGACAAAGGAAAACCAGCUUGGCACUUUGUUGAAGUGAAGAAGGCUUUGACUGGUUUGUUCUACAAACGGAUUAAAAGUGGCAGUCUGGACGUGGCCGAUUUUGGUACUGUCCUUGCAUCAGGAUGGGGUACAGACCCACCAGAUAGUAAGAGAGAACAGAUUCUUAAAGCUCAUUCUGAAUGUACAGUCGAAAUAAAAGACAAGACAGCUCUUCACAUUGCUUGUGAAAUCGGCGACGUAGCAGUUGUGGAACUUCUAGCAGAGCAUGGUGCAGUCAUUAAUGCCCCAGACGCAGACGGGUUUACUCCUCUACAGUUGGCAGCCAUUCGUGGAAACAUGAAAGUUGUUAAAAGGCUUGUUGAACUUAAGGCUGAUGUAAACCUGACCACAACAGAUGGUAAAGAUGCGGUUGACUAUGCAAAAAUGAAUGAAGAAGUGGAAAUUGAAGAGUUUCUAAAGUCAAAGAAAAGUCUGCUUAGAAAAUUUUGGAACAGGUUGUCAAAAAAGUGA